ACGACGAACAUGGCCGACAUGACGACGAUUCGGACAGCAGUUCAUUCCCAAAACAGACGAAAAGUAAAAACAAGCACUCGUCCUCUGCAGCGUCAAGUGAUACAGAUUACUCGGUGGAUACAGCCAUGACAACACCGACAACGGCAAAGCAUCCGCCACUACUGGAUGAUUUAGAACAACAGCCUGCGAUCGCUACGCCUGCUCGUCGUACUCGUGGACGGGCUGCUACCGUGUCGAGAGCAAAUGACCCUCCUCCACCACUUCCUCCUCUCAACCUUUCAUUUUCUGGAAGUGAAGGCAUCACAAAAACAGCCACGUCAGGAAGAAGACGACGAGCCACCACAGUAUCGCGACCUCAGCCACCGCCUAUACCGUCCCUGCCGACUGCGACAGCACCAUCGGCAGUAUAUGAAAUGCUGAGCGAAGAAGUGGAGCAGCAGUUUGUCGAGGAAACGCAUAAGCAACAGCAACAACUACUCAAUGCCGAGCAAUCACACGCACCUUUUGCCCAGCAGCAACACUUUUCACCUGUUUCUGAGCCCAUUGCAGAAAAUCAAUAUCAUACGGAGCACGAAACGGUUAUGGAUAAGCAGCCUACUGCCGUACAGCAUGAUAUGACGCAGCAGCAGCAGCAGCAGAUCUCAGAUAAGGAGCAAUCGAUGACUUUGGAGCAGCAGGAGCAACACCUAGCCACACCAGAUAAUUAUCAUGCAGUUGCCGAGCAGAAACAAUCGAUCCUUGAGCAGCAACAUGCAGACGAACUCGUCUCGCUCGGAACAGAAAAGCAACACACCGUUGACCAGCCAACAAUGAAUAAUGUGGUGCAUAAUGAAAAGCAAACCAGUACCUCAGAAUAUCACACUCUUGUCGAACAGCGGCAACAGCAGCAAGGGUCAAUGCAACCAAUCACAGAAGCCAAAAUCCAUGCUACUGGAGUACAAGAAGAGGAUCCAAUCCCUGAACAACAAAAGAAGGAACUUCCGCCACUCCCACCAUGCGAUAGCAACAGUGUUUCAAUGGCAACCACAAAAUCAACUGCGUCUGGAUCAACAAGCGAUCACGAGUCGGUCCGAUCUACUAGCUCUGAAUACAAUGGCCGCAGUCGUUCAGAUAGUUUAGGAGCGAAAUCCUUUAGCUCAUUCAACCCGUUCAAACGCGCCGGCUCGCCCUCGUCGACCCGUACCGGGACCCGUGCUGUCGAGCGACCCUCAGCCGCAUUUCGCGAACGUCAAAGCAAACGCAUGUCUGAAUUUUAUCGGUUCCAAUCGCAACCUUCGUCGCCAUCAACAUCUUUCCAAACGAGCAACAAUCGAUUGUCGUAUGCGAGUGCAUCUAGCUAUUAUGACAUGCUCAUGUCCAAGUUUGGCCGUUCUUCUGAAGACCAUCACCAUCAUCCAUCACCCUCUGGCCUUAUCCGACAUUCGCCCAAGCAUACAGCACUAAAAGAUGAAGCGCAACAGCAUAUUGGAAGUCUCAAGACGACUGACCCUGAUCAUGACUAUGAUUUUUGGGAGGUGUUUAUUAAUGACACUGACGAGAUGAUCCGAAGCCAGCCCGAUUCUGUCAAGCAUCACAUGAUUGCUGGUAUUCCUCCUUCGCUACGCGGCUACGUAUGGCAAAUCAUGUCCAAAUCCCGCAACAAUGGUGAACUCGAAUCCGAAUACCGCGAACUCUUGAAACGCAUCAGUCCGCAUGAAAAAUCAAUCCAACGCGACCUGGCAAGGACGUUCCCUACACACGACUUUUUCAAGGAGCGUGAUGGUGAGGGUCAAGAGUCGCUUUUUAACGUGACAAAAGCGUACAGCAUCUUUGAUCAACAAGUUGGUUAUUGCCAGGGUUUACCCUUUAUCGUCGGGUGCCUUUUACUCCAUAUGCCGGACGAUAUGGCAUUUUGCGUACUAAUUAAGCUCAUGAGCCAAUAUGGCUUGCGCGCCCAAUUCAUGCCACAAAUGGAGCUGCUUCAUGAACGACUUUAUCAAUUCGAGCAUAUCUUGCAACAAAAGUUGCCGCAAAUACACAAGCAUUUAGAAACCCAAGGUGUUCAGCCGAGCAUGUAUGCCUCGCAAUGGUUCCUGACACUGUUCGCCAGCCGAUGUCCUCUUCACCUAGCAUACCGGGUCUUCGAUAUGGUACUACUCGAAGGAUCUCAUGUCGUGUUACGUUUCGCCUUGGCUUUAAUGUUCCGCAAUCAACAUACCUUGCUAAACCUGGAAUUUGAAGCGCUCGUGGAGUUUCUAAAUAACGCUAUCUUUGAUACAUACAAGGACGAUGAAAGCGGUUUUGUUCAUGACGCUUAUAGCAUGGAUGUUCCCACGCGCCUCUUGACCCGUCUCGCCAAGCAACAUGCUACUGAAGCAGCACGCGAAGCGAAAGCACAAUCACAAGAAGAAAAUUUGCGACGCAUCAACACAGAGCUUUCGAGCCACGUACGACGACUCGAGAAAUCUUACCGUAAUCUCGAAAACGAACACCAAGAAGUAACACGGCAGGUGAUCGACGCUAAAAUGAAUGUGGCACGAAUGGAUGACGAAAACCAACAGCUUAGGUGGCAGUUAUCGCAAGCCAAGACAGAAAUUGAUCAGUUGAAGGCAUCUAUGCCGGUCGUCGACGAUCUCCAGCGCCAGAAUAAGCAGCUGACGCAAAAGAACGGACACUUGGAGAAUCAGCUGGAAGAUGUGGAAGCAGUUCUUAUCAGUCUCAAGAUGAAAUACGCAGAGAGUGAGAGUGCGUAUGAGGGAAUGAAGCAAAAGCUACACAAGGCUGGUAUUUUUUAGAAAAGCGUGAUUUUCCAUAUCUCUCUCUCUCUCUUUAUAUUAUUGUACAUACACACUAUUGCCACCAGUUAUUCCUCCCCAAACCAUCCGUUGCGUUCCUCCUUAUCUACGUUAUUUCUAUUCUUUGCUACUACCUACAUAACAUCCGCCCAUGUCUAUCUUCUUAUCUGUUCGCUAUCUGACAUUGCUUAUAUAUAUAUUCCCGACACUACCACCCUGCUUCUUGUUCUUUCUAUCUACCCGCUUGUUGCUUUCCAAAACAAACUUGUGCUACAAUAAUAGUAAUCCCACACCAUAAAUUUUGUACGACUACUUGUCAUGCAUUAAAACAUACAAAUUU